AUGUCACCUUCACGGAACGAAGGCACGGCCCUGGCUUCAACUGGGGAAAAAGUCAAAGUCCACAGGGCAGGCAAGAAACUUACACGCAGCAAACAAGUUAGCAGAGGUAAGAAAGACGCUUCUCCUACCCAUCAACAUUUUUCUGUAGCUAAAUCAUUUUCUGUCAAGGAUCAAGCUGUCAAGAUGCGAAAGCUACGCUUGCAGAGCCUUCAAAGAAUUAAGAAGCGGCAAGCUGACCGGACGAUCACAAGAAUGCUAAAUAAAUUGAGCAUAAAACCAACUAUUGAGAAAAAAAGAAAAGUUACAAUCAAAAAACGAAGCGAGAAACCUAUGGGAGUUACAUUAAAGAUGGAUGUAGAUCUAAAGCACGAAGAUUCUGCCAAUUAG